AGCUUGACUUUCACUUGAACACUAUGCCUAUCACACUUGAAGGGAGCUGCCACUGUGGUACUGUGCGAUUUACAGUGGAAAGCAGCACCCCAGUCCCAUACCAAUUAUGUGUAUGUUCCAUCUGCCGCAAAGCAGGUGGUGUUGGCGGCUCAAUCAACCUCGGUGCACAUUCCAAAACAUUGAAUAUCACCAAAGGUAAAGAACAGAUCGGAGUGUAUAAAGCUGUGAUGGAUAGGGAUACUCAAAAAGAACACAUUGUCUCCUCUAAGCGCAAUUUUUGCACAAAGUACUCUUCUAUGCUCUGGCUUUAUGACGAGAAAUGGCCAGAGCUCUUGCAUCCAUUUGCAUCAGUCAUCGACUCCCCAGAACUAGAGGCACCGGAUGAGCUUGUUGUUGUUAAAACGAACUCAAAGCCUAACUAUGUGCGUCUUCCAGAAGGUAGGAAGAAGGUCUACAAGAACUACGGCAGUGAUUCUAUCGAGAGCUGGCACAAGAAGCACGGCAGGUACGGGGAGUGAAAUGCUGGUCUGAAGUAUGAAAGAGUGGAAUUCUACAAGGCGUCUGUUGAUGUUGAUAAGCAUGUCAGGAACGCUCGACAUUGGGUAGGGGACGAUCGAUGAAGCUUGUUGGACGGUUGUAUGAUCAAGUAUUCGCUAUAAGUAUUCUGCAGUAAUGAGACAGAUAUGCAAAGUCACGUGGUAAGGCGCGUCCUAGCUGGCACGUGACCAUACGCGUUUCCUUGUGUUCCCAGGG